GGAUUGUCCACGUACACCAAACACUUAUCGGUGAAUAUCUGAAAUUCAAUCGUCUCAAAAUCGUACGUACAAAUCCCAAUUUUCUCAACCCAUCCCUUCAUAGUUAUGCCUAGUAGGAGAACUAACCGGCGGCCGGAGGAGGAGGAGGUGGAGAAGGAAGAGGACGACCGCCCUAGAGGGUUUGGCUUUAUUUUUUGCAUGGCUGCUGUAGGCUUUGCAUAUGUACUUAUACCAGCCAUCUUUUUCGGGAAACAUAUGGGGAACACUUUGUCGAAAUUUGUUCAUUCGGAACCUAUCCAACAUGAUGACAAGAUUGCCUUCGUAGAAUUUGUAGGGCUGGUCUUGAUAUCCGUUGUAAUGGGGGUUUUCUACUUUUUUCUUGCUGUUUUUCAUUCCAUUAGUCUCCUUAUAUUCUAUAGGGAGAAGAAUAUCAGACGAAUAUUGGACGAGGGACAAUCGUUGGUACAAGUCAAUGAAGGAAUAGACUUAAUACCAAAAGUCGUUUACAAGGAUGGGGAGUAGUGGAUGAUGACAGGCGUAUGUUUUGCAGUACAGGGGUUGAAACUGCUGAUCAUCUCUUCUUUGAGUGUGCUUACUCUGCUUAUUUUUGGACCAGAAUACAAGAAGCUUGCCUGAUAUACCGAUCCACAUAUGCUUGGCAGACUGAGAGUCAGUGGCUGAUUCAUCAUUUGAAGAGGAAUACAUUUAGUCUAGUUAUUAUGAAACUUGCUCUUGGAGCUGUGGUGUAUCAUCCUUGGAACGAAAAGAAACUCUCGAAUUUUCUGCAACAAAGUGAGGGAAGCAGAUAUACUCACUACAAGAAAAAAGGUCAUUAGUGACAACAUUUCUUUGUGACGACAAAAAGUCGUCACAAAAUAAGGUUGGUUAGUCACGACUUUGAAGGUUGUCACAAUUGACUCAAAGCAACUGGGUUUUCAGUGACAACCUUUAAUUGUCAUCACAAAACUACUUCGCGUCAUGGGACUUGGAAGGCGCGAGUUUUGCGAUAGUGACGACUUGAUAAAAGUUGUUAGUAAUUCUACCACUUUCUUUGACAACUUUUCAUUGUUGUCACUGUUUAUGUUUAUUGACGACCAAUUUUUGUCAGUAAAACUAUAGUGUAGUUAGUGACAACAUAAGUAUCAUCACUAACUUGAACAUCUCUAAUGCAUUUAUUUAAUUGUGAGCCUCAA